AUGCGCAACCUCAUCAGCCUUGCACUGCUUCCUCUAGCAGCUGCAGUUCCUCAUGCAUCUCGCAGCUCAGAGACACAAUACGACUACAUUGUCGUCGGAGGUGGAACCAGUGGCCUGGUUGUCGCCAACCGUCUAUCCGAGCAAGAGAACAUCAAUGUCCUCGUCAUCGAAGCUGGAGGCUCGGUAUAUAACAACGAGAAUGUCACGGACACCCUCGGAUACGGCAAAGCAUUUGGAACGGACAUCGACUGGGCCUACGAGACAACAAAGCAGGAGUAUGGCGGUGGGAUCUCCCAAACAUUGCGCGCCGGAAAGGCACUUGGAGGAACAUCCACCAUCAACGGCAUGGUGUAUCUGCGUGCACAGACUGCCCAAAUUGACGCUUGGGAGACAGUCGGUAACAAGGGCUGGAACUGGAAGAGCCUGUUCCCCUACUUCCGCAAGGGAGAGCAGUUCCAAACUCCUGAGAAGUAUUCAUUCUUGAAUGGAUCUGGAGUUACCUAUGACCCGGCCUACCAUGGCUUCACUGGCCCUUUAAAGGUCGGCUGGUCUUCAACUCAGUUGAACGAUGGUCUCGCCCAGGAGGUGAACACUACCUACCAGAACCUCGAUGUGCCCGUUCCUUACAACAAGGACCCCAACGGUGGAGAUAUGGUUGGAUACAGCCUGUUCCCCAAGACUGUGGACUCUGAGCUGAACAUCCGUGAGGAUGCCGCUCGCGCCUACUAUUACCCUUACCAAAACAGAACCAACCUCCAUGUUUGGCUAAGAACCCAUGCCAACAAGAUUACCUGGAAGGAUGGCGAAGAUGCUAUUGCAGAUGGUGUCGAGGUCACUCUCUCCAACGGUACCACCGCCGUGGUGAAGGCCACUCGUGAGGUCAUCCUUGCUGCUGGCGCAUUGAAGUCUCCUGUUCUGCUUGAGCUCUCCGGAGUUGGCAACCCUGACAUCCUUGCUAAGUACGGCAUCGACACCAAGAUCAACCUGCCGACCGUUGGCGAGAACCUCCAAGACCAGAUGAACAACGGACUCCAGUACGACUCUAAGACAAGCUACAGCAAGAGCGCCGACUACGUCGCCUACCCAUCGGCCUCUCAGCUAUUCCCCAACUCCACCGCCGUCGGCGCCAAGCUCCUUCGCAAGCUUCCCGCCUACGCAGCCAAGGUUGCCUCCGCCAACGGUAACAUCACCAAGGCCAGUGAUAUCCAGCGCUUCUUCAAGAUCCAAUGGGAUCUGAUUUUUAAGGCUGGAAUUCCUGUCGCGGAGAUCCUGCUCGAGCCCUUUGGAAACACAUAUGACACCGAAUACUGGGGCUCUGUUCCUUUCUCUCGUGGAAACGUUCACCUGUCUUCUGCCGACCCUACCGUCGCAGCUACUAUUGACCCGAAGUACUUCAUGUUGGAUUUCGAUCUCCAUGCUCAAAUCCAGGCGGCCCGUUUCAUUCGCGAGCUCUUCAAGACCGAGCCGUUCGCUGACAUGGCCGGCAAUGAGACCAGUCCCGGUCUCUCUGUUGUUGCUGCUGGUGCUGAUGACCAGGGAUGGUCUAACUUCAUCAAGCAGAACUACCGAUCGAACUUCCACCCCAUCAGCACUGCUGCUAUGAUGCCGAAGGAAUUCGGUGGUGUUGUUGACACUUCGCUCAAGGUCUAUGGAACCUCCAACAUUCGUGUUGUUGAUGCUUCUAUUAUACCCUUCCAGGUUUGUGGUCACUUGCAGAGCACGGUGUAUGCCGUUGCCGAACGUGCCGCCGAUAUCAUUAAGGGAAAGAUCUAA